AUGAGUUCAAGAAAAUCACUUUUUCCUGAUUCUUCAUCAGAUCUACUACAUUCUGAUUCAUCAUUGUCUUUUUUAUUUGGAAACAAACGAGAAGAAUCAAAUCAAGAACAAGAACAAUCAUUAAACACCAUAUUAGGCGGUAAUUUACAUCAAUUAAAACCAGACCAAGUUGAAAAAAUCAUUCUGACUAAAUACAAUAAUGAUCCCAUACAAUUGAUUCAACAAUUAUCAUUAGAUUUAACGAAAAAAGAAACUGAGUUGGUGGUAUUACGACAAGAGAAAUUCCGUCGAGAGCAAAAAUUAUAUAAAUUAUUACAAAAAUUAGGGAAUCUUUCCACGAUUGAGAUUGAUCAAGAAUUGAAUCAAGUUGAUGAUAAAUUGAAUAAAAAUAUAGAUAAGAUAAUUCAUGAUAUGAUACAAGUGGCUAUUGACGAUGAAAUUGUACCACCACGGUCAAAGGAGAUUCCCAAAGAAGAUCUGCAAGUGAGGAAGAAGAAGAAGAAGAAGAAAAGACAAAACCCACAAAGGAAUAACAAUCAGAGUGAUAAGGAUGCAAAAUAUAAAGCAAAGAGAAAAUCUGAUCCUAAGAUGUGUGAAAAAACUGAUAGUCAACAACCAUUUCAAUCGAAGAACUCGUUUUUUACCAAAACUGAUACGUCGCCAGAAUUCUCAAUACCAAAAGCACCCGUUGAAUUACAAAAUUUCCGAAGUCAAUCAUUAUUACAACAUCCUGGUUCUGAAAAGAAAUCCAAUUCUUUUAGAUUUCCUUUACUUGUACAAAAUGAAGAAGUAGAUAUUGAUAAAUAUGGAUUUGUUAAAGAAUUCAGAAGUAAUACCCCAAUGACCCAUCAGUCAUCAUCUGCUUCUGCUUCUGCUUCUGCUUCUGAAUCUUCAUCCCCGCUACCUCAUGGACAACAACAACAUCCAGAACCAUCCUACGAAUCAUCAGCAAUACUUAUAAACAACCAUAAUAGUCAUUCUAAAUUACAUUUGAUUGAUCAAUUGAAACAAAUAUCUCAAAUCCAUGAUUCAACAAAUUUAUAUAUUGAAAAAGAAUGGGAGAAUUUAAUUAAUGAUAUUAACCGACAAUUUUAUACCAAUCAUUAUCAAAACAACGAACCGAAACAGAAACAAACCAAAAAAGAUAAUGACGAUGAUCGAGAAUUAUAUUGGAGAUUUGGUAUUAGAGGUAGUAAUCUUUUACAAUUGAAAAAUAAUCAACAAUUUUAUUAUCCAUUUAUUAAUUUAAUCAAUCAAUAUGGGAUACCUAAUAAAUAUCGACGAAUAUUAUGGUUAGAAUUAUCAGGAGCAAAUAAUAUUCGAAUCAAUGGUGAAUAUCAAGAAUUACUACUAAAUAAUAAAACUAGUAGUGGUAGUGAUGGUGAUAAUAAAAUGGAUGCAUUGAUAAAAUCAAAUAUUGAACAAAUUGAAUUAGAUUUACAUCGAACAUUACCAUCGAAUUUUUAUUUCAAUAAUUUUUUAGAAUUAAAACCAGGAAUCAAAUUUUAUAAAUUAAAACGAAUCUUGUAUACUUUUGUUAAAAGAAAUCCUCAUAUUGGUUAUGUUCAAGGUAUGAAUAAAAUUGUCGGUACUUUAUUACUACUAGAAGAUAACGAUAACAACAACAAUGGCAAUUCUGAAGAUGACAACGAGGAAGACACAUUUUGGCUUUUCAUUGCAAUUGUUGAAGAAAUUUUACCUAAAUAUUCACCACCUAAUGAUAAAAAUUUUUUCAAUUCAAUUGAUGAAAUUUAUCAAGAUAAUUUAAAAUUGAAAAAUUUAUUAUCAUCAUCAUCAUCAUUACCCAAUUUAUCGAAUCAUUUAAAUAAAUUUAAUAUUGAAAUUGAAAUUUUAUUAAUGAAUUGGUGGUUAACUUUAUUUAUUGAUUUAAAAUUCAUUGAAUUAGAUACAUGGUUUAAAAUUUUUGAUAAUUUAUUAAUCACCAAUGUUGAUGAUAUUGGUGAUGAAGAAGAUGAUAUUGAUGAUAAUAGUAACAACUACCAUCAUCGACGAAGAAUUAUAUUACCGGCUAUGACAUUGGCUAUACUUAAAAAUUUGGAAAAUUAUUUAAUUAACUUAAAUUCUCGUGAUUUAAUAUAUCAAUUUUUAAAUCAUGGUGAUGAUAAAUUUAAAAUAAAAUUUUCUGAUUUAAUGAAACAUUAUAAUUAUUUCUUAAAACGUAAAGAAGUAAUAGAUGCAUUUCGUUAA